AUGUCAUGGUGCAUCAAGGUAGCCGUGCCUGUUUGUCUCCUCACCUCAUUUGUCUGUUACGUGAAGAUUUUCUUCAUUUUGCGUCAUAUCCAAAUCUAAGUGCUGGACCACUUUCCUAAAAGACAGCAGAACCAACCAGUUCCGCUCAACAUAGCGAGAUACAGAAAGGCAGUGUCAGCUGCAUUGGGAGUGCAGAUGACAUUGGUUGUUUGUUACCUGCCGUUUCUUAUAACCCAAGCUUUGACACCUCAACGAGGGAUGCCACUAUCGGUUUACCUUGCAAAGGAAUUUACCGGUACUUUAGUUCUUUUAAACUCCUCUUUAAACUCGUCGCUGUACUGUUGGAAGAUUAGAGAAGUAAGGCAAUCUGUGAAGGAUACCAUGAGAGAACUUUUAUGUUCAUCGCCAAAUUAGAUUGUUACAUAGCUGGAGAAUUUUCUGCCACAUCGCGUGCUCUCAUUGGUUACUUACAGGUCUCAUGACAUCUAACGAUGAAACUUUUUUCCCGCCAAAAUCUCUGAGAGGGCAACAUUGUAAAAUCUAUUAAGUCAAAGGGUAACAGUGCAAUGUGUCCCGCGAAUGUUGACCAACGACCGCCGUUACAGCGAGGUUUAUUAAAUUUCCAGUCUCAAAAUUUCCAGGGCUCCGCCUCGGGAAACAUUGCGAUUCUCGAGAAAGAAAAUUGCCUGUUCCCUUCGAACUAGUCAUUAAGUGUUUAUUGUUAGAUUUAUUGACUACAGUCGGGCCUCCCUUAAGCGACCACUCAAAAUACGAAGAUUUAGUGGUCACACAAGAUUUAGUGGUGACACAAUACAGGUGUGAUGUGACAAAACCGCGCGGAGUAUUUGUUAUUAACCUCUCAGCCAUAUUCUGAAGACACUGUAGCUCAUUGAUAUUAUUUCAUGAGAGACGGUAGAGUAAACUAUUACAGUAAUCGACGGGCCCCAUUACCAGUGCAUGAACCAAACAUCUGGUUGAAUCCAAUGUUAAGUAUUUCCUGAUCUUUCUUAUAUAGUAGUAACCUGUACAACAUGUUUUUGUAAUUUGAGCAUCAAACUUCAGACUUCGAUCAAACAGAACUCUAAGAUUUCGUGCAGUACAACGCUGAUGUCAGCAACAGAUAAUUCUGCGACACUAACCCCUUCAAGUUGUUGCCUACUUCCAGUGAUCAUAAAUUCUGUUUUAUCAUCAUUAAGUUUAAGAUUGUCAAUCUACAUCUAAGCGUUCUGAUACAAAGCUCCAUUGACUUAAUGGCUUCCGAUUAAUUCACUUCAUUAGGCUCGAACGAUAGAUAAAGUACACAAUCGUCAGCGUAUGUAUGCGCUUCAGGUAAAUGAGGUUUUAUUUCCUCAAAUAACUUACUAGAGUACAGGGUGAAAAGUAAAAUUCUCACCAAAACCGUCCUAAAAAUAAACUGGUCCGUGAAAACGCCGUGAAACGAGCGCAUGGAAGUUGUUCGCUUCGGGUUAUGGGCUCAUCCAUUCAUGCAAUAAAAAACGCAAGCGACCGGAUUUUUUUAACGGUAAAUAAACAGCAUAGAAAUUGCUAACUGUAAGGAAGCCCAUAUCAGAAGUGACAAUCAAUGUCCUUUCCUCAUUACGAGGAAAAAAUCUUGAUUUUUUUUUUUUUAACAGACAGCUUACUCUCAACGGCUCCUGCUACAGAGAAAUGGCUCAAGUAACAAAUUUUGCAGAAAAUAAAAGCCUGGAGAAAUUGAACAACGAACCGCUGUGCACGGCCGAGUUAACUGGAGAAGUAAAACAUGAGCUAAUCUUUCUCUUGACGGAUUUGUUAACUUUUUUCACAGGCUAUGUUUUUAGUGUGGUGUCUUUAUUAACAAUGACUGUAAUAAGCGUGGACAGACUUCUCGCCCUGUUACUGGGGCUGAGAUACAGACAAGUUGCAACUUUAAAAAGAACACUCAUGAUCCUAAUUGUUGCUUGGAUUUUGCACAUUUUGGGUAUAUUGGCUUACCUUUGGGAUCCUAUUGUGAUGUCAUGGUGCAUCAAGGUAGCCGUGCCUGUUUGUCUCCUCACCUCAUUUGUCUGUUACGUGAAGAUUUUCUUCAUUUUGCGUCAUAUCCAAAUCUAA